AGAGUUGUCCGGUGUUGGGCUGUGUUGGUGGUUCCCGUGAUACAGUGACUCUAGCACUUUACGCUGUAGGAGCCUUUGCUAAAGCAUGAAGAGUCUCACUGUCAUUACCUGAUCGAUUACAACUGAUAUCAAUAUUGCAAAUGUGAACCUGGCAUUACAGAUACCAGUUCAAACUACAAAUAGUGCAGUGUUGAAGUACGUACAUACGUGCGUGCAAGUACACGGAAAACACGUCACCUGCUGAUAAGGAAAAUUACCAUUCGAGGCAGUUCUCGGGAUCGACUUUCUGGUGAGGUGAGCUGCGCGUGGCGUGGCGGUACUCCUGAAGUGAGAGGAGGUGUCACGAAGCCACGCAAACGAAGGAACCCAGCUAUGCUCCCAACGAGGCUAGUGGCGCUGAUGGUGGCUGCUGUGUGUGUGCCGACCCUCCACGCUCACGCUCUUCACGGGCGACACUGGAGACACAGGCAUCAUGAGCGGCGUUUUUACGAGGGACGCCAUCUCAACCGCGGCCACGCCCUGCACGCCAACAACCACGCGCGCUACAUGGUGUCCCAGAGUCACGUCCUGGACAACUACAUUCAGAGAAACGACGUGACAGAACCGCCCAGGAAGUCGCUGCGAUCUGGACUUCCUGGAGCGGGGGUCGGGUCCCGGUGGGCGCUGAGCUACCAAGGCGGCUCCCUGGAACAUUCUGCCGUCAACAACACUGUGAGCAACGUGACGGCACAGCUCGGGGGUACCGCCUUCCUGCCCUGCCGCGUCGGUCACCUCGGGGACAGACAGAUCUCGUGGAUACGUCGUCGGGACUGGCACGUUCUUACCUCAGCUGACGUGCUCUUCACACAUGACCACCGCUUCUCUGUGCUGCACGUGGCUGGCUCUCAGGACUGGACGCUCUAUAUCAAAUACGUGGAGGUGAAGGACACGGGGACAUACGAGUGCCAAGUGUCAACAGGGACGGGUAUCAUCUCCCUCUUCGUCAACCUGAAGGUGGUGACGCCGGAAGCACACAUCCCAGGUGAUGGGCAGUACCACGUUAACCGAGGCUCUCCCAUCACUCUCUCCUGCAUCAUUGAUAAGAGCCCGACGCCGCCGCAGUAUGUGCUGUGGUAUCACAAUGACGAGUUGCUCAACUACGCCAGGGGACGGCCCGAGGUCAGCAUCAGCGAGGUCAAGAGUACUUUAGACAGGUCGGUCAGCACUCUGGUGGUGCACAGCGCAGAGGACGUGCACUCCGGGAACUAUACUUGCACGGCACCCAACAUCCGCCCCGCCUCCUCCCUCGUCUUCGUCACUGAAGGCGACAAGACAGCAGCGGUGCAGCGGAUAGACUCCGGGAAGGAGCGUCUCCGGGGCGGAGUGCUCCUCACACUCUGCGCCGCCCUCGUCCACCUGCUGGAAGUGAGAUGAAUCACUGGCGGCAAAGAAGAUUCUCAGAUUCCUUUCAGUUAUAGUUGUCAUAGGUUAUGAUUGGAACGGUUGCCAACAACAGUGCAGGACCCCUCAUCGGUGAAACGAAAAAAGGACUCAACAUUAGUAGCAUCAUCAUCGCUCACCAUGUACAUUACAUAGUGCAUCGUCAUCGUGUUGCGCCUUUGUGUGGAGGGAAGGUGCAGCUGUGAUCACUCAGGUCCUGGCAAACAAGGCGUGCAGGAAGCAGGUGAAGCGCAAAGCCACGUGGCGGCGCAUCGGUUGACCUUAAGGGGCACAGGGGCACAGCUUGUGCUCUUAAAAAGGUCACAUGAGGUGUAGAGAAAAAAAGUUUCUUGAUAAACACUAAGAAACAAUGUGUAACAUGUUCUUUUUUAGGACAACGUUGUGGAAUACAGAAAGGAUGAAGCCAGGAACAAUUCAAAACGCUGUUUACUGUAGAUGUCAGUUAAGAGGGAGUAGAAUUCACAAACGUCACAGCAGGAGACGUGACACGUAAUCAAAGGGCUGCACCGUGCAGGCGGAGGCAGCAUGGGUGGCCAGCCGCGGCGUAAGCGCACAUUAUUGUCUCCUAAGUGUUGAGUGUCUUCAUUAACUACUGAAAAACUGGACAUAUUAUGCAGACCAAUCAUUUCUUAACAAACUCGGUAAAUUUCCAAGUAAUUCCAGAUGCAGGUGGUAUUCCCACUGCCACCUGGGGCUCCUGUGUUCUUCAUCAAGAGACACGCAGGGGAAGGGGCAAGAGUCCCUCGUCCUCGCGUGCUGCAAGGUAUUACUGAGCUUCAUCGUUAUGUUUGUGAAUCGUGUUACGUUAUCGGAUUUUGUACCUUUUGCGUGUUGAGCGGACUUAGGACGCCCGCUGGACGCAGCAUGAUGCACAAGACCAAGAGGCAGCGUGAGCGGCUGCGGAUUAGCGUGUCGAGGUGGUGGAAGAGAAUGUGUAAGAUACGGCCUCUGCCCCGACGUUUGUGGUCUGCCCUCAGAGAGGCGGAAUUCGCCGAACAUAUAUUUUCGUAAACGAGACGUAUAAUGAUCUGAUUGCCAUAUUUAUUACUCCUCUAAUGUGAUGCGUAUUAUGUUAAGUGUUUUGACACUAUUAUACAGAAUGGUGUCUGUGUGUGUGUGUGUGUGUGUGUGUGUGUGUGUGUGUGUGUGUGUGUGUGUGUGUGUGUGUGUGUGUGUGUGUGUGUGUGUGUGUGUGUGUGUGUGUGUGUGUGUGAGAGACAUAGAGAGAGAGAGCGUCAGACCCACAUAAAAGAUUGGGCUACUUCUUCCUUAGAAUAAGAGAUUUUCAUAAUUCGACCUUUGAGUUUGUCAAGACCGGCGUGGGGAGGUGGAGUUUGAGAGAAAUGCAGACAAGACUCGAGGCGUGGGGCGGGUCCGUCCUAGCGGCGGCCGCUGCCUUGCAAAGGGAGGCCCCGCCUCUGCCAUGACAGCAGGCAUCUGGUCACUUCCCUUUAAGUUUCUGAAGUUGUUGUCCUCCGCGUCACGACUUAGCUUUAUAUCACUAUUCAUUGUCUGUAGUAUGCGUACAAACAAGCGUACAUAUAAAUAUAUAUACUUUUCAUGCAAGUUACCGGAACAAUACUAAUAUUUACCAUUUUCCUCGGAGAAAGCAAUUUACACGACACUCGCGUGAUCAAGGCAAUUCCCACCACCACAACGCGAUCUGGGACCUGGACAGGAGACACUGCUCGGUGCCUACGAGUUCCUGAUUUAGCAACAAUAACCGAGAACAUUUCAACGACUACACAGGACCACUUGACCACUUGCCUCCGGAUGAUAUUCAGUCAGUAGCACGAAGACUUCCACUUGCUCACAGACUCAUCUUUACACCCACCCUUUAAUAACCCUUCCUUUCUUUUCACACAUGUAAGAAGUAUUCCCAGAUUCUAAGAGAGAGAGAGAGAGAGAGAGAGAGAGAGAGAGAGAGAGAGAGAGAGAGAGAGAGAGAGAGAGAGAUUUUCGACCUUUUCCCCUCUAGAGUAUUUCAAAGACGGUGUAAAAAAAACUGCAUCAUAAGGACCGUCUUUAAACAAUGACAGACGAAGCUCCCAUCACCCGGCCUCCCGUGCCUCACUACUACUCCUCGUUGACCGUGUGUGGGUGUCGUCGCCAUUCGCUGUUUGGUGUCCGUUGGGUGUUCCUUAGUCGUAAUUUUCUAAGACGCCGGAUACAGGAAGACAAAGGCGAGGAAGUCAGGAAAGUGGGAUGGAUGCCUUCCGUUAUUUUUCUACGUGAACUAAAAAGCAAAAAAAGAAAAAAAACUCAAAUUAUUUAUCUCACACCAAAAGUAAACUACUUUUAGGUUCCUAGGGGGAAAAGAAUGUGUUCUAUAGUAUUACCUAGCAUGACAGACCCACUGAUCCAUAGAACACCUUGGUACCUUUCUCCCUUUCCUUGAUUUACCUCUAAGUGAAUUCAAAGCAAUCUAAAUUACUGCUACAUCACUGUUACAAAAAUAACAAACUAAUUUUACCUUGUCCGGAACAAAAAAGUGUUCUGUACUAUUACUUUAUCAUGACAGAAUCGAAAAUUUUUCUCUAAAACACAUUGAGACCUUUCUUUCCUUUCCUAACAUUACUUAAACCUUCACCAAAAAGAAAACAAUAAUCUUUAACUUCCCAGGAACGAAAAUUUUUCCUAUAGUAUUAUUUUAGCAUGAUUGAACCACAUUCAUAUAUGCUUAAGACACCUAAACAUAUUUCUUUCCUUAUCUCCACAACGACCACAAGCGACACGACUUGCUCAUUCUGUUGUGUCGCGCCAAAUCAACUUGUUUUUCUCUGGAAGGCUUGCGAGGGUGGGGAGCUGCUGCGCCUCUCUGAUACGCAUAUAUAGCGGCCUUGUUCGAUGAUGCUCCUCUCUCCAGACCCUAUUCUCGCGUGACAGUGGCGCGGCGGGUGGGGCACGAGGCUCUUCCACGGUUGCAGGGGCUCAGACUGUCGACCGGUGGGUGUUAGUUAUCAUAGUUAGCGCUCGAGGUCAUAACAGAACUGGCUUGCCUCCGUGUCUUCCUGUCAACUGCCUCUGACGUACGUACAUAAAUGAACACAAUGUUUCCGGGGUAACUAGAUGAUGAUGUCUUCGUAUAACUGAGUAGUAACUGUUAUUUUAUGUAUUUAUGUAUUAUGGGUGUCACAUGAACAAGAGGAUUAGUUAUGUGUGAUACAUACAGAGAAUUAUAAUAAAUAUUUGCAGCCAG